UAGAGAGCAAAUGAAAAAUAUUUAAAAAAAUAAUUUUUUUUAAGAAAAAAAAAUGAACUGAAUUAAAAAAAAAGAAAAUUUAAGAAAUUAAAAAAAAAUAUUUGAUAAAAGCCGAAAUAGAAAUAAUUAUAUAAAAGUAAAUGCGUAUUUAAAGCGGAAGCGGAUGUGGUGGAAUAAAUUUAAAUUACAAAAAGAAGAAGAAGAAGAAGCCGAAGAUUAAGACAAGUUUACUUUGAAAUUAAGAAAAAAGAGAGGAAAAGAGAGUUAAAGAAAAUCAAUCAAGCAUUGAACAAUAAUAAUAGCAAUUAAAUUAUACAGAGAAAAAGAAAGAGAGAGAGGUAGUAUUAUUAAAAUUUAAUUGAAAGAGGGAGAAAAAGAGAAAGAUAAUGAUCUAUCUAGUGAUUGUAUGUUGAAAGUGAGUGUCACACAGUGUGUGAUCAACUUGCGGGUGAUAUAAGCAAGAGAGUGAGAAUAUCUAAUAUAAAACAUUGAAUAUGCUAAAUGAUCUAAUACAAACACACACACACACGCACACAUACACACUUUAAGUUGAAAUGUUAAAAAAACUAACGGUGUUUUUGUUAUUGCCAUGUGUUAGUGAGCGUUUAUAAGUUCUUUUUUUUCGUUUAUUUUUUUUUUUGCAUUUCAAUGUAUGGACCGAGCUGUGAGCGCAGUUUAUGACGAGCGGUGUUCAAAAUAUCAAGCAAAUAACGUUAAAGCGCGCUUACGCGAUCGUUUUGCGCUGGAAAUUUGAAAAUUACACCUCUACAACAAAAACGAAAUACCGUCGCUGUUUAAAAGAAACAAAAAAAUCAAUAAUUUUAAAUAAAAAUUUAUUAAAAAAAAAUAUAAAAAUUUUUUCCUUAAAAAAAAACAAAAUCAAUGAAAUUCCUUUAAAAAAUACAACAAAAACAAACUAAAAAUCUAAAGAAAAAAAAACCAACAAAAAAUACAACAACAUCACACACAAAAUGGAGGAUUAUUGGGGUUUAAGCAGCACUACGGACAUAAAUUGCACACAGCCUGCUAUUGAUGAUUUUCCCCGGGAUUUAUUCACAGAGGGUCAGAGACAAGCGGGUGCUGUUGUACUUCAUGUUAUAGCCAGUUUAUAUUUAUUUGUAGCUUUAGCAGUAGUAUGUGAUGAAUAUUUUGUGCCCGCCGUGGAAAAAAUCUGUGCCGCCCUAAAUAUGUCCAAUGAUGUAGCGGGUGCUACAUUUAUGGCAGCAGCAACAUCGGCACCAGAACUUUUUGUAAAUGUGAUAGGUACCUUUAUCACAGAGGGUGAUAUCGGUGUGGGUACCAUAGUGGGUUCAGCGGUAUUUAAUAUUUUAGCUGUGGCAGCUUGUUGUGGUAUAGGAGCGGGAAUGACUAUACCUCUGGAUUGGUGGCCUUUGACGCGUGAUAGUAUAGCUUAUGGUUUUACGGUGGCCGUGUUAAUUUGUGUCAUGCAUGACGAACGUGUCGAAUGGUAUGAGGCCUUAAUUUUGGUCUCCCUAUAUGCUGUCUACUUGGCUGUCAUGUAUUUCGAUAAGACAUUUCAAAAGUGUGCCAAAGGUGGAGUUAAGCAAGCUCGUUCACGCAGCCGUUCUUCAAAUUGUAGCAUACAGACCAAGAACAGUAAUGAAAAAGAACCAGAUCUCGUGGAGAAUCGUAUAUGCCAUAAUUUAUCCACCAUUCAACUGAAUGGUGGUGUCAAUAAUGAACCGCCAAAAAUACCACCUUCUGCUUCACCGCCUAUAGCUACCACUUGCCUAACUACCAACACCACCACCUCGAAUAUUACGACUACAACCUCAACGGCCGCCUCUAAUAAUUCAGGUUGUGUGAUCAAGGCUCCUAUAGCCCAUCAGGAAAAUACUGAUGUUGAGGCUGCCGCUAAUGCGUUACCAGCCGCAACAGCUGAUUCCGCCAGUGCUGCUGAGCCUGAGGAAGAGGAAGGCUAUUCCCUGCUUAAGUAUCCCUGGGGUAAAAGUUGUUUUGCCCAAUUCACUUGGAUCAUUAUAUGGCCCAUUCAUUUGCUUUUCCGUAUUGCCAUACCGGACUGUAAGAAAGCGAAAAAUAAUAAAAUAUUCCCCUUGACAUUUGUGAUGUGUAUUGUGUGGAUCGGAUCACUGUCGUAUGUUGUCGCAUGGAUGAUAACUAUAAUUGGUGACACUUUAAAAAUUCCCGAUUCCGUAAUGGGCAUUACGUUCCUGGCUGCUGGCACCAGUGUACCCGAAGCAGUUUCCAGUGUUAUCGUGGCCAAAAGAGGUCACGGUUCAAUGGGUAUUUGUAAUUCCAUUGGUUCCAACACCUUUGACAUUCUUCUAUGCCUGGGUGUACCAUGGCUCAUCAAAGCUGUCUUCUUUCCCAUACAACCCGGACAAAAUUAUGUUGGCAUCAAUUCAGCCGGUCUUGAAUAUUCCGCCAUAACCCUGCUCUCCACACUCUUCCUGUUGUAUUUGACAUUUUCGUGUAAUAAAUUUAAAUUGGACAAAAAAGUGGGCACCGCCUGUCUGGUCAUGUAUUUGGUAUUUUUGAUAUUUGCCUCACUAAUCGAAUUGAAUGUAUUCUUCCGGGUAAAUCUACCCACAUGUGGUAGAUCAUGAAUAAAGUAAAGCUGAGAAAUUUAAACAAAACUUUAAUAAUUUCUUUGCUUUCUUUUUUUAAUUAUUAUUUAAUAAUAAGUAAGAAAAAUUUGAGAAAAAAAAUCCUAAUUAAAUAAAUAUUUUAAAAUUACUUUUAAAAAUUUCGAAUCAUUUUUUAAAACUUGUUAAUAAAGUGACGUUUAAAGUCACUACAAAAUAAGACACAGUUUGUCCAAAUAAUUAUUAUUUAAAAAUUGUAUUGAAACUCCUAUCGCUAAAAAAGCCAACAAAACAAAUUAAAACAAUUAUUUCUUUAAGUGUAUUUUUUAGUAUUAUUUUUAUCGUUUCCUUUAUUUUUUCUUCUUUUAUUACGCAAUUUAGUUUAUUGUUCUCUGUCUCUCUCCCUUUCCUUAUUCCUUUAAGUUUAAAACAGUUUUUAAUUAAAAAAUUAAUAAUUAAUAUUUCGAAAUAUUCAUCAUCAUUUGGAAUUAAUGAAAACUAUGAAAAUAUGUUUUUAAUAUAACAUUUAAUUGAUGUAUAAAAAAACUACAAAAACAAUAAACAUAAAAAAUUUAAUUUAUUUUAUAAGA